AUGGGCGGCAUGGGUGGCGGUGGCAUGGGCGGCAUGGGUGGCGGUGGCAUUGGCGGCAUGGGAGGCAUCGGUGGCUUCGGAGCUACCAUGGGCGGCAUGGGUGCCAUGGGUGGCUUUGGAGCUACCAUGGAGACCAUGGGAGGCAUGGGUGGCUUCGGAGCACCUCCGGGCGGCAUGGGCGGCAUGGGAGGCAUGAAUUUUGCGUCUCUCAUGGGAGACAUGGGAGCACCUUCGGGCGGCAUGGGCGGAAUGUCUUCCGGUGUGCCUCACACACCUUCGCAUGAUGCCGUUGAAGAUCCUGCCAACACCUUCUGA